CAUUCAAUGGAAGGAGACGCCGAAAUGUGCUCGAUAAGGGCUGCCCGCCUACCUGCCGCCCGACGUGUGAGUUCUCCACUUAUCGGCAAAGCAAUCAAUACUACUUACCUUAUCGCCCUCGCACCUCGCACCCUGGCGUGGCAGCGGACGGCAGAAGGCGGGGGAACGCCGAUAAUAGCGGCGGAGGAACGCUAACGCGUUGCUUUAUCUGGAGACCCAACUAAUGCCAAUUGUCAAUGGCUGUUCUUUCGGGUCGGUUCGUCAAUGGGCGUCGCCGCCCGACCCUGCUGCUGUUGCUGCUGCUGCUGGCGGUCUUCCUCCUUGGCAGCCUGCUGGCGCUGCACAAGCUAAACCACUCGCCGCUGAUCCAUCAGUAUGACAUCCUGCAGGAGUACCUGGAGAGCAAUCCCCCGAAAGGCUCGCGAACGCGCACCAUUCUGCUGUGGAGCAGCUUCUUCGGGGACUCGCGCUGGGGCCUGCCCGCAGACUCGCUGGGGCCGCAGGAGCUGCGCGAGGAUCUGCACUGUCCCGUGUACCAGUGCGAGGUGACCAACAGCCACGACUUCCUGCCCCACCUGGAUAUGUACGACGCCAUUGUGUUUCACGUGGCCGAGUCGUUCCCCUUUCUGCGGCCGGUGCCCUCGCGGCGCAGUCCUCACCAGGCGUAUGUGUUUGCCCUGAUGGAGUCGGCGGGCGAGACCAAGCACCGGCUGAGCGACGAGGGUGGAUUCUACAACCUCACCAUGACCAAUCGCCUCGAUUCGGAUGUGGUGUGGCCCUACGGCCAGCUGCAGGACAUCGAAACGGGUGCUGUGGUGGCCCCCAGUGCCCAGGUCCACUGGCGCCAGCCGCCAACGAAGGGCGAAGGGAACGACACCAGCGCAUCGCGGCUGUGGCGGAGCAAGACCAAAAUGGCCGCCUGGUUUGUGUCCCACUGCAAGACGCUGUCCCGCCGCGAAAACCUAACUGCGGCGCUGCAGGAGCAUAUCGAGGUGGAUGUCUACGGCAAAUGCGGGCCCCUCAGCUGUACCCGCGGCGAUUCUCACUGCGAUGAGAUGCUGGACACCGACUACAUGUUCUAUCUGGCCUUUGAGAACUCGCUGUGCGAGGACUAUGUGACGGAGAAGCUCUAUGGGGUGCUGGAGCGGCACAUCAUACCCGUGGUGUUUGGCGGGGCCGACUACACGCGCUUCCUGCCACCACACUCCUACAUCGAUGCGAAUCGCUUCGACAGCGCCCUCGAGCUGGCGGAGCACAUGCGUUUCGUGGCCAACGAUAUGGAGGAGUACACCAGCUACUUCUGGUGGCGCGAGCACUACCGCCUGGUCAGCGUGUCCCCCUUCUGCGACCUGUGCGCCCGGCUGCACUCGUCCGCCCAGCGGCACAGGUCCCAGGUGUAUGGCGACAUCGAGUCCUGGUGGUUCAACAGCUGCCGAUUCAAGACAAACAUUCAGUUCUGAGUUGGCGCACGAGAAGGAAAAGGACGGCGCGAGGCGACAAGCGCACGCGGAAGAGCGGGAUGGCAGACAUGCGACUAUUUGCAUACGUUAUGGGAAAACCUUUUCCUUUGUUCCUGGCCAACCUAACAUUCGUCAAUACUAUUUGUGUGUCAACGCUGGAAACGACCAAAGAGAGAUAAGAUAUGCGAGGAGGGGGCUUCGACUACGAUUUGACAUUAUCGCCGCCUAAUGCAGCACUGACUCAUUCACAUUCACAUCCACAAUCACAACUACAACUAGAACUACAAUCCACCAAAAAGCGUCACAUCAUAAGCCUCGAGCGGCGAUAAAAUCACCAACACACAAACAGACG